CUUCUCUUUGCUAUUUAUUCUGUGCUAUCAAAAGCAGCUAAUCCUGAUACAUAUCUGCUUCUCAAAGUUAUUCAAAGUUACUUUGAGUUAGAUAUAUAUGCAUUAAUAAAUAUUCAUAUAAAAAAAAGUAUUAAAGAAGAAAGACAAAAAUUAGAAGUUUUGAAUGUCAGAUUGAAAACUUAUUCACAAGCAACAGAUCAUAAAGGUUUUAAAACUUCAAUAAUGCAUGCACAGCAAUAUCUGUUUGAUGAUAUUAUUGCUAAAGGUGUUACAAAGAAUUAUAAUACCAAAGUCAAUGAAAGUAGGCAUGACCCACUAAAAGAAGCAUAUCAGACUCAGACAAAUUUUAAAAAUAUUACUGAACAGAUACAGUUUUUAAUAAAAUUAAUAAAAUAA